UAAACUCCCCCAAAAGCCCAAACAAGAGAGAGAGUGAUCUUGAAUUCAAAUCUCUCUCUCUUGCAAACCAAACUGACCUACCUAAGAGAGAGAGAGAGCCAUCAAGCAUAAGAUACAACAAAAUAGAGUGAGAGAGAGAGAGAGAGAGCGAGAUCCCAAUACAAUUACACUCCUCCCAUCUUCAACCAGCAAAAAAAACUCAGCCAUGAGAAAGCCUGACUCCCCUGCCAAAGUGUGUAACAAUAUCAACAAUAAUGGCAACAGCAAUACCAAUGGCAACAGCAACAACAACAACAAUAGUAACAAGAGGUUGAGGAAGGGGUUGUGGUCUCCAGAGGAGGAUGAGAAGCUUAUGAGGUACAUGAUGGGGAAUGGUCAGGGAUGUUGGAGCGAUGUCGCCCGCAAUGCCGGGCUUCAGAGGUGCGGCAAGAGCUGUCGUCUGCGGUGGAUCAACUACCUCCGCCCGGACCUCAAGCGCGGCGCAUUCUCACCGCAGGAAGAAGAGCUCAUUGUCCACCUCCACUCCAUCCUCGGCAAUAGGUGGUCGCAAAUCGCAAUGCGCCUGCCAGGGCGAACAGACAAUGAGAUCAAAAACUUUUGGAAUUCCACAAUCAAGAAAAGGCUGAAGAGCAAUCAAUCAGCACCAGCAAAGCCUGAAAGUCCUCAAGCUGGCCUCAUGGCCAUGCAUGACAGUAACACGAGCAUGCAUGACUGCGACAUGGCAAUGGCCAUGGCCAUGACCAUGUGCAUGGAGUCCCUUUCAUCAUCCCUAUCAUCAUCAUCAUCAUCAUCAUCCAUGCCGUCUACAUGCAACAGGACCAGCCAGUCGGCCGGUGUCGAGAACUGUUAUGGGAUGACCGGUUUAGCUGGUUACUUUCAAAUGCCAACGUGCCUAAAUGAUCUGGGCUUUGAUAAUGGGGUUUUGGAAGUUGGGCAGAUGGGUGAUGGUGAUCUGAGCUUGGAGGGGGAUCUAUUUGUGCCCUCAUUGGAAAGCAUAAGCUUAGAUGAGGAUAUCAAUAACAACCAUGAAAAUGAUAGCAAUAACAACACAAAAAAUAACAGCAACAACUAUGAUAACAUCACUAAUAGCAAUUACAGCAUUGUGAAUUGCAAUGCUAACAGUAAUAACUUGGGUAAUAAUUGUGAGAGUUUAAAUAAUGGGAAUUAUUGGGGAGGAGAGAUGAGGAUGGGUGAGUGGGGGUUGGAAGAUAUAGUUGGGGGCUCAUCUUUUUCCUUCCCUUACCUGGAUUUCCAACUUGAAUGAUGGAGACCCUAAAAAAAUUAGGUUUAGGGUUAGGGAAAGUUUCCCAUUUCAUUUCUAGGACAACUAGAACUGUGAUGACCUUGUUUUUCAUGAAAAUUCAUAAAAGGGUCCUUAAUUCUUCUUUGUUUGUUAAGAGUUGUGAAGAAGUUGCUCCCAAGCUCUUGAAACCUAGGCAAAGCCACUGUUUCAGACCUAAUUUUCAUGCCACUUUUUUGUUGCCAUUCAAAUUGGAUCCUGCUGGGCCACACCAAAUGAUUCAGGCUCCCAAAAUUUCAAGUACUUGUUCUAAAUGUGGUGUGAUCCAUUUGGAUUGUACAAUGUGAACUUUUUUUAUGGAUUAAGGCCUAUUUUGGUCAUUCAUGAAAAAGUAAACGUUUUUGCAUACUCUAUCCAAGUGUACCUAGGUAGAAUCAAUAAUCACACUUCUAGAAAUGUGCAUACAGGAUCCUUGUGGGGAAAAAAACAAAAGACAUGUGCAUAAAAGAUUCAAAAAUGGGGGACCAUCACAUUGAUGGCAAUACUUUGGUCAUGGGAUGUACAAGUUUAGAAAUGAGGAGAGAUGAUUACCAUGUCAGUGAAUAAAGCUGAAUAAAAGAAAUAAGCAUCUUCUGGCUUUCUUUUCAUC